AUGCAGGCGAAAUAUGGUAUUCAAGAUUGCGAUUUCUACAACUUCGACGAAACCGGCUUUAUGAUGGGUAUAAUAUACCUUGGAAUAGUUGUAACUAGUUCUGAAAGAAAUGGCAGAAACAAGGCAAUACAAUUAGACAAUCGAGAAUGGGCUACGGCAAUUAUAUGUGGUAAUGGAGAGGGUGAAACUACAUCUCUAUUUCUGAUAGUUCAAGGAUAA